AUGAAGCGGUUCUUUGCGAAGGCCACCAACCCCUUCGCACAGGCCGCACCAUCGAAGAAGACAACGACGACCGAUGCCCAACCCACAGGGUCCAACCCUGCCGCCCGAAUAUCCAAUCCAACCUUAUCUCACACGACUGGCCUCCACCCCAAAUACGUUCUUCCACCAACACCUCAUCCCAGUCCGCAUAGUCAUCUAGCAUUGCUGGUGACGAAGCAGGGUCUGCUGAUUAGGCCGCACCACGCUGGCAAGAGCUUAGCACCCCACACCGACUCCGAACCAUAUUCAUACAUUUGCAUGUCCUGGGGAAAGCAUGUCAAAAUCGACGAAUUGGAAAGCCGUCCGGACGAUGAGCAGGAUUGGAAGGACUGCGUGGUCGUUUAUGGGAUCGCGGGAAUGCUGGAGUUAUUCUCUUGCUCGUAUCUAUUCGUUAUCACGUCGAGAACCGAAGUUGGGAGUAUCCUGGACCCUCGACAUCUAGUCUAUGGUGUGAAGCAUGUCAUUGAUAUUCCCUUGGUCGAAGAGCGAGCUAGGAUUGCGUUGAAUACUCUGGCUGCACGAGAUGCGGCGCACACUCGACCUUCCCUCCUUCCAAAGCUUGGACAACCGCCAAACUCGGGGGUUCUCAGCAUAGAUGGAGACGAAGAGCUACAAAGUAGCGACGCUUCGCGUGAAGGAUCCCCUCGGGUCAAAUUCCUUUCCACCCCUUCUAUCAAGAUGCUCCUGGGAGGUAAUUCACCCUCGUCAAACAAUGAAUUAGGAAACUCGAUUGAACGACCCUCUUCUGCACAAUCAUCUGCCUCGGACAUUUCGGCUCAAAGCUCUGAAAUGUCAGCCAACACGUCGCCUGUUUUCAAGACGUUGGCAACUCGCCUGUCUUUUUGGAGUAGAUUGUCCAAGAGAACCCACCCUCAAUCCGAUUCCCUUAACCCUCUAGUUCACGAGCCCAUGUCGCUGAAUGAAGAACAAGAAGUUCUCGACAGAUUGAUGAAGGAGGAGCCAGCUGAAGUAAUAGAAACGAUACUAGCCUCGACUGCUCCACCUCCAGCAACUGUCGAAGAACGGCAUUCGGAAUUGGAAACCAAAGUUGUUCGGGAAUGUAUACGAGAAUUCACCAAGGGUGGCAUGUAUUUUGCGUAUGCGUUUGACAUCACUCGCUCUUUACAGCACAAAGAAGAGCAACUUCACAAGCUCCAGAAGCAGCACGAUCUUCUAGCUGGUCUUGGUGCUCUUCCUAGCCCUGAGCAUCAUCAGACAGAAGACACAAAGCAAUCGACCAGUCCUGCAUCUAUCUCACCUUUGACUGAGCCCCACCAUGCAUUGCCGCUUUGGAGACGCGUGGAUAAACAGUUUUGGUGGAAUGAAUGGAUGUCGAAACCUUUCAUUGAUGCUGGCUUGCAUCCUUACGUUCUUCCUAUAAUGCAAGGAUACUGUCAAGCUACUCGAUUCAGUAUUCCCGCCGACCCUGUUUCUGUUGACGACGAAGUGCCAGUCGACUAUAUCAUCGUGUCUCGACGGUCGAGGUAUCGUCCAGGGCUGCGAUACCAGCGGAGAGGCAUCGAUGACGAGGCACAUGUUGCUAACUUCGUCGAAACAGAGACGAUCAUGCGAGUAGAGCGAGAGAAGAAGGAAAACAUCUUCGCUUAUGUUCAAAUCCGAGGAUCAAUACCUCUGUUCUGGACCCAGCUGGGAUACGGAUUGAAACCCCCGCCAGUAUUGGCAUCUGAUAGAACACCUCUCCAGAAUCUAGACACUCUGAAAAGGCAUUUUCAGAAGACAAUUCCUGUGUAUGGACCCCAUACUGUCGUCAACCUCGCCGAACAACAAGGAAAGGAAGGUGUCAUUACUCAAGCUUACAGGGAAUACAUGCAUGAACUGAAUAUGAAGGACGCCCAAUACUGCGAAUAUGACUUCCAUACCGAAACGAAAGGCAUGAAGUAUGAAAACAUCUCUUCCUUGAUUGAAACUAUGGAGAGAACGUUUGAAUCCCAAGGGUACUUCUGGGUCUCGGACAACGUCGUAUUCUCCCAGCAGAAAGGUGUCUUCCGAGUCAACUGCAUCGACUGCCUGGACCGGACAAACGUUGUACAGUCGGCUUUCGCGCGAUAUGUCCUAACCAAGCAACUCGGCGCCGUGGCGUUGCUGAACCCUUCCAACCCAGCAAGGGCCGAUGCCGAUUCGGCCUUCAACGACGUGUGGGCCAAUAAUGGCGACGCCAUUAGUCGAGCCUACGCCGGGACUUCUGCACUCAAGGGGGAUUUUACCCGGACCGGCAAACGCGAUCUGAGCGGUAUGCUGAAUGAUGGUGUCAACUCCCUGGCUAGGAUGUAUACCUCAACUUUCAGCGACUGGUUCUGUCAGGCUGUCAUCGACUUCAUGCUCGGAAAUAGGACGACAUCCGUGUUCUCCGAAUUCCUCCUCAAGCUGAAAUCGACCGAUCCUCGUGAUCUUAUUCGGCUUUCGAGGAUCCGCGCCGAAGCUAUCUCGACCUCCGUUUCUCGAGUACUACCGGAAGGCGAACGCCUGCUAUCCGGUUGGACGCUAUUUGCGCCUGAAGAACUGAACACUAGGAUUGGGAUCAAGUUUGAAGAGAAAGUCCUACUAUUGUCGGCGAAGGCUUUGUACAUUGUGAGCUAUGAUUAUACCCUUGAGAAGGUAAAGUUGUAUACCCGUAUCCCUCUCGGAGACAUCAUCGGAAUCAGUAAGGGCCCAUAUAUCUUAUCCCCACUCGAAGAAUCGAGCUGCGACCCAGAGCAGAACGCAGGGUUCGUUCUGACUUGGGUCUGCUCCCAUCAGGAGUCGCGGAUUACAAGCUAUUCUGUACGGAACAGUCUCGACAUGUCUUCGCCACUAGUUCUACCUCCGUCACCGCGCUCGCCACGCACCCCGCGCCAACCAUCGACACCUACAUCGCCUUUUACACCCACCUCUCCAUCCACGCCCACCGGCGGCCGCAACCGUACACGCACACGGAGCAAUACGCUUCCAGCCCUGUCGAACGUCCUCGCCAGCACGACGUUUGCCAGCGCAGGAUCGGGGCAGAUCAACUUUGCUGCGUUCAAGGUGCUCCCGAUCGACCCUGCGCGGGUAAGAAGGGAGUCAAGCGCCGCGAGCGAGCUGUCGACGACGAGCACCACGUACGUUGAGACUACGGAUGAGAUGCAAGGGGCAGCGACAUGCAGAGAGGCAGCCGACCUCAUUGUCGAGAGGAUCUAUAGAGCGUGUGAGGACGUUGGAGGCGCACAAGGGAAGACGUUCCUCGUCGAGGAGCCAGUGGUUAGCUUGGCGGAAGCGCAGCGGAUGACGAGCAUGUACGCCAAGAUGGAGUAUGGCGUUAAGCGCUUGUUGUGGCUAGGCGGCUAG